GUUGCCGAAGCUGUCGCCACCGGCUGUAUUGAUCUGAAUCCGAUCUCACGAAUCAACCAUCAAUGGAUCGAGCUUUGCGUCUUCUAAUGAGCAUCUCUAUCUCAUUGAUCGCCUUCUUCGAUCUGUGCGACGCCAUGGAUUCCGAUAAGCUGGGUUUAGUGUCCGAAAACCGUAAUUCUCAUACGCCGAUGGUUUUCCCGCUCCUGUUCUCGUCUCUGCCGUUGCGGGCGGACGAUUAUCGCCGCCGUCUCCUGCAAUCUCCGCUUCCGAACGCUCACAUGAAGCUCCACGACGAUCUCCUCGCGAACGGCUACUACACGACACGAUUAUGGAUAGGGACACCACCGCAAAAGUUCGCUUUGAUUGUCGAUACGGGAAGUACUGUAACCUAUGUACCGUGUUCUACCUGUAAGCAGUGCGGGAAUCACCAGGAUCCGAAAUUCCAACCUGAGCUGUCUAGUACCUACCAGGCUUUGAAAUGCAAUCCCGAUUGUAACUGUGAUGAUGAAGGAAAACUAUGUGUUUACGAAAGACGGUAUGCUGAGAUGAGUUCAAGUAGUGGGGUGCUAAGCGAGGAUGUGAUGUCUUUUGGCAAUGAGAGCCAGCUGGAUCCUCAGCGUGCUGUCUUUGGUUGCGAGAAUGCCGAAACAGGUGACCUUUUCAGCCAGCGUGCUGAUGGCAUCAUGGGAUUGGGCCGUGGUAAGCUUAGUAUUGUGGAUCAGCUCGUUGACAAGGGUGUUAUCGAGGACUCUUUUUCGUUGUGUUAUGGUGGAAUGGAAGUUGGGGGUGGAGCUAUGGUGCUUGGGAAAGUAACUCCUCCAGCUGAUAUGGUGUUUUCUGCUUCAGAUCCUUUCCGCAGUCCAUACUAUAACAUUGAGCUGAAGCAAAUACAUGUUGCUGGUAAGUCAUUGAAGCUAAACCCUAAGGUCUUUAACGGAAAGCAUGGGACAGUCCUGGACAGCGGAACGACAUAUGCUUACUUUCCAAAAGAAGCGUUUAAUGCCUUUAAGGAUGCUGUCAUCGAGGAAAUUCCAUUUCUCAAAAGAAUCCGUGGUCCGGACCCAAAUUUUGAGGAUAUUUGUUUCUCUGGUGCUGGAAGGGAUGUUACUGAGCUACACAAAGUUUUUCCUGAGGUUGCUAUGGAAUUUGGCAAUGGCCAGAAGUUGUCUCUGUCUCCAGAGAACUACUUGUUCAGGCAUACCAAGGUCAGGGGUGCGUACUGCCUUGGAAUCUUUGGUAAUACAGAUUCAACAACUCUCCUAGGAGGAAUCCUUGUGCGGAAUACUCUCGUAACUUAUGACCGAGAACAUGACAAGAUCGGAUUUUGGAAGACUAAUUGUUCGGACCUAUGGAGGAAAUUGGCACCACCAGGUGCUCCUUCACCUGCUCCAUCAGUUGAUCAAAAUACAAGCUUGGAGAUUUCUCCGAGCCCAUCCCCUGACUUGUCUCCUGCAGAUCUUUCAGGUGUAUUCCGGAUUGGAGUUAUAACCUUUGAAGUGUCGAUUAGUGUGAAUAAUUCUUCAACGAAGCCCAACUUCACGGAGCUUGCUGAUUUCAUUGCACAUGAGUUGAACAUUAACAGUUCACAGGUUCGCUUGCUGAAUUUUUCAUCCCGAGGAAAUGAGUAUCUCUUGAAAUGGGGAAUCUUUCCUCCUCAGUCGUCUGAGUACAUCUCCAAUAUGACGGCACUGAGCAUAAUUUCGCUACUAAAAGAAAACCGCUUGCAUUUACCCGAGCAUUUCGGAAGCUACAAGUUGGUAGAAUGGAAGGCCGAGACUAAGAAGAAGACGAGCUGGUGGAAACAGCAUUCUAUAGGAAUGAUUGUUGGAAUAAUAAGCUCAUUGCUCAUAUCUUCAUUGAUGAUCAAACUGAUACUGGUCUGGAGACAGAGACAUGAAGAAAACAUUCCAUAUGAGCCUGUAAACGCCAUUGUUAAAGAACAAGAGCUUCAGCCUCUGUCUUCACAAACAUCUGAAGCAUGAUGAAAACCAUGAAGUCAGUUUAACAUAUAUAUAUAUAUAUAUGUCUUGUUAGGGAGAGAGCUUUGUUAAAAUUGUUUUACAGUAGUAAACAGUAAGUGUUUCACUGCAAGUAAAAAAAGUGCAGUUUUAUUUAUUUCUGUUGUAAAAUUUCUCUAAAAGAUGGAGGGGGGGAAAAAGAAAGAGAAAUGAUUGGUCUUGCAUUCAAUGGAUAAGGUAAAUUAGCUCAGGUCAA